UAUAACAACAGGUGCGUAUCUGGCUCUUAGAGGAGGCCCCAUUCUAGGAAGGUAGGACGAAGAAGAGGAUAUAUAUUCAGACCAUUUCCAAACUUUGACAUCACACAGAGAGAGAGCCACUGUGGAAUAUCUAGGAUCUUGUGUUGCAGUCUGUGACGGCGGUUAGCCCUGAAUCAGGUAAAGCAUGUCGUUGUCCCCGUGUCUGAGCAGCGUCCUCACCCACGCUAACCUCACAAUGUACCAGAGCCCCGAUGACGCGCUGCACGAGCCAUCCUUCAUGCAGUACUUGGAGCCUGACUGCGCCGCCCACCCCUGCAGCCCGCCGGGGGACGAGUCAGGGCCCGCAGAUCCUGGGUACAAGCAGCGUAAUCCCCAGGAUUGGUCAGAAGAACAUGUCUUAGACUUCAUCAGUGACCACGUAGACAGACUCAAGUUUGACGCAUCCCAUGUGAGCCUGGCCACCUGCACUAUGGACGGACGCCAUCUCUGCCACAUGACAGAGGGACAGAUGCUACAGAAUUUUGGGCCAUAUCUUGGUUCAGAGCUCCAUCACAGCCUCUCCAAAUAUGUCCCUAAAACCAGAUAUGAACAACCUUACCCGUCCGGAUCAGACCUUCAUGAGACAUGUCGACUGCUAGAGGGCUUCUUGGACAGCCUAAGCUACCCUUUCCUGAGCACCCUAAAAGUCAACGAUGCUUGUGACGUCAAGAAGGAGUGUGACUAUGGAGCGUCUUACGACUUGCCCGGUCCGCUGGCCAUUGACCCUUUGGGAGAAACAGACCUGUCAGACCUCUCCGACAGUGAAUACAGAGUGUGUGGGAUCCAGGUCCCCAGCUCCCCAGAGUCAAGGAGCAGUGACUCGGACCUGGAGUUUGCCUACUCCCCCACAGAGCAAGACAUCAAACCAGAGAAGGAUGAGUUCCGAGGGAAGAGGCCGCGGGGGCGACCACCCAAGCUCAGCCGGGACAGCGGAGGCUUCUUCUUUGACAAUCAAAAGAAAACCAAACACGCGCCCCGUGGAACCCACCUUUGGGAGUUCAUCAGGGACAUCCUUGUCCACCAGGAGAAGAACCCAGGCCUGAUGAAAUGGGAAGACCGGCGGGAGGGGGUCUUCAAGUUCCUCAAGUCUGAGGCUGUCGCACAGUUGUGGGGACAGAAGAAAAAGAACAGUAGCAUGACCUACGAGAAGCUCAGCAGGGCCAUGAGGUAUUACUACAAAAGGGAGAUCCUGGAGCGGGUCGACGGCAGGCGGCUGGUCUAUAAAUUCGGGAAGAAUUCAAACGGGUGGCAGGUUGAACCAAUGGGGAGCGUGGCCUCCUAGCCCAGCGGCGAGGGGGAUGAUGAUAACGUGAAGUUGAGAUGGACCUGGAUCUUCAUGUGUUGCCUCUCCAGUCAUAGUUUAGCUGGCAUGGUGUUGCUGAGUUAUCCUUAUAUGAAUGACACUUACUUCUCUCAGGGAAGGUGUUGCAGACAAUGUAAGCCAUUGUUGUUGGCUCUAGUAGGUUUUAUGAACCGUUAUGACCGUUGUGUUGUUCUAUUUUUGCAUUUGUGACUUGCACCACAGUCACCACACUGUGAGUUUGUGCACUCAUUAUAUUGAAUGGAUGCAGAUAGAUGUGAAAGUGAUUUGUAUGGAGUUUAUCACCCAAUUUAUAUUGUUUCUCGCUUGAAUGUAUUAUUCUGAGAGAUUACUUUUUAUUUUGUAUUGCAACUCAUUUUGGAAAAUAUUUGGGUAUGUGGGUAUUACUUUUAUUCUUCUGCAGUCUGGGAUUAAUAAAUUACGAGCGUGUGUUAUUCUUUAGAGAAUACGUAAUCAAGCUGUUUUAAUCUGCUUUUAUAUUCCCUGGUGGAACUGGAGAUGGAACUGUCCUGAAACCCGAAAUAAUGUUAUUGUAUAAAUCUAUCACUUAAGGUGAAUAAAGGUAUCACAUAAUGUGUAGAAAUGUAUCACUUAAUGUGUGUCCUCACUAAUUGUUUUACAGUUCAGAUUUUUUGCGGUGUACAUACUAGCAUAUAUAAGCUUUGUUGCUUUCCUUCCAAAGAUUCAAUAAAGACCAGAAGUUUUUUUAAAAAAC